UCUGAAAUUGAUACCGAUUUUAUAUGCCUAUGGAUGUUUUAAACUAGUGGUGUUGAUCCAUUUUGUCAUGUGAUAUCGGAACAUAAAUCGAAAGCAGUAAAAAGAAAAAUUAUCAAGUCAGCGUGAAGAAAUAUGUCGAAGAUACUAAAUGAUCCAAUACAUGGCACAAUAACACUACACCCAUUACUGAUAAAAAUAAUUGAUACACCACAGUUCCAACGACUGAGAAAUAUCAAACAACUUGGUGGGUGUUAUUUUGUUUAUCCGUCCGCAUCACAUAACCGUUUUGAGCACAGUAUUGGAACAUGUUUCUUAGCCAGUAAAUUAGCAUGUCAGUUGCAGAAAAGGCUUGACCAAGAUAUAGAGAUGUUAAGGGAAGAUGAGGACAUUCAAAAGAAAACGUAUGCUAUGAAAUUGAACAAAGCGAAAAUGACCGAGGAUGACAAACUGUGUAUAGAGAUAGCAGGCUUAUGCCAUGAUAUAGGACACGGACCAUAUUCUCAUUUGUUUGAUCGAUUGUUUAAUAAAGCAAUGAAAGAGAAGGACAAGAGCACGAAGGAAUGGACGCAUGAAUAUGUUUCAAGAAUGAUGAUAGACUAUAUGAUUAAAGAAAAUAAGGAUCUUGCAGAAGCAUUUGCAAAACAGUUUCCUACAGAUUGGAUAGAUAGAAAGAAAUUCAUCAAAGACCUCAUCGACGGAAAGAAGAAUAAAAAGGAAGAUACAGCAAGAUAUUACAUGUAUGAGAUUGUAGCAAACAAGCGAAAUGAGAUAGAUGUUGAUAAAAUGGACUAUUUUGCUAGAGAUUGUCAUGGACUCGGAAUGAAAAGUAAUUUUGACCAUCUUCGUUUCAUCAGUCAAUGUAGAGUGAUGUUCUCAAGUGAUUUCCCUGAAGAAACUACUAUUGCUGUCCGAGACAAGGAAGAGUAUAAUUUGUAUGAACUGUUUCACACCAGAAUUGGACUUUUCAGAAGAGCUUACUACCAUAAAGUUACCAAGGCAGUAGAGUUAAUGUUCACUGACGCUUUAGUAAAAGCCAAUGAUCAUCUCUUGUUUAAGAACAAAAAAGGAAAAAACAUAAAGAUGAGUAAAGCCUGGAAACACCCGGAAGUAUACGAAAAGCUUACUGAUAACGUUUUUGAUGCAAUUUUAAUAGAAAAGGAUCCGGACGAGGAUAUGCAAAAAGCACAGGAGUUGAUCAAAAACGUUUAUAAACGCAAACUUUACAAGCUUGUCGAUGACACAUCACCAGUAGAGAAAAUUAAAGAAGAAGAUAACAGAAUAAAACAGCUUUUGCUACAGACAGGACUCACCAAAGAUGAUUUUGCAGUGCAAAAAGUAACUUAUUCAUAUGGAAAAGGGACAGAAAAUCCGAUUACCUCAGUAUAUUUCUAUACGAAGGAUAAUGAUACGGACUGUUUUCCAAGAACCAAGUCAAAAAAGACCUCAUUGUGUUUGCCAGAAAAAUUCCAAGAGGAAGUUCUACGCGUUUAUUCAAAGAAUUAUGACAACAUCGAUGUUUUGAGGAAAGAAACAACUAAAUGUUUCAAAAAGGUCGGGUUGGAUUCGAUGAAAAUUUCAGAGAUCGAACUGAAAAAUCAGGGAAGUGCGGCACCCGAAACGGUUACUAAACACAAGUUAAAUGCAGAAGGCAAAUCUGGUCCCAUUACAAGGUCAACCAAAAGGCAGCGCAAAGAUUAACUUACAGAAGUUCAUAAUGUUAAGGAUUAGUUGAACAUGAACUAUUGUUUUUCUUAUCUUCUAAUUAGUAUACUCAAUUCACUUUACUUAUUCAAGCUUUAAAUGUUAAUCGAUUUUUAUAUACAUUAAUUUCUUAGUCUAUACGUGUUUUAGAUGUAUUUUUAUUCACUUAAUGAAUUCAUGUCAAUACCAAAAUCGAGAUAAGUGAAUCAUAAUUGUAAUUCUUAUUUACUGAAGUACGUUGAGUCAUAAUUGUAAUCUAAUUUAAUAAUGUGAAAAGGUUAGUUUUAAUACAUUAUGAUAUAUCCCUCUGUUUUAACAUUUUUACAUAUAAAGUUACGACAUGUUUGUUCAUCAUAGAAUUAAAGCAGCCAAACUACAAAAUUGAUUUUAGCAAUAUCAAAGCACCACUCUGAAGUGACCAAGAAAUGACGUAAUUAGUCAAAAUAUUUUAAAAAUCCACCAUCUUCUACAUAUAGAAAUGCCUGUACCAAGACAGGAAUAUGACAGUAUGUUUUCUAUUCGUUUGAUGUGUUUUAGCUUUUGAAUUUUCCAUUUGUUAAAGGGCUUUCCGUUUUUAAUUUUCCUUGGAGUUCGAUAUUUUUGUUAUUUAACUUUUCAUUUCAUAAUUUUAAAUCAUGCGAUUGGUGUCAAAUAUACCACUAUGCUCUUCAACUUCAUACAUUAUUUCGCCUUUUAACUUUUUUUUAUUCUAGCGUCACUUUUGGAGCCUUUGUAGACGAACCGAACGUCCGGCGUACAAAAUUAUAAGCUUGGUAUCUUUGAUGAGUUUUGUUCUAUGCUUCAUCUUUUUUAUGUAUUAUAUAUUUGUUAUCAGUGUAUUGUGAUAUUUUACUAAUUUUCCCUUAAAGAAGACCUCCAAAUAGACUGUGAUAUGUUGCUCUCUUAUAAUUGAUAAAGUGUUAUUUUAAUGGUUUUAAAUUAUUAUUUCAGCCAUUAAUUGAUUGAGUAUUUAUUUAUAAUUGUAAUUUGAUUUGUUCAUCAGCAUGAUAUCCAUAAAAAGUGUUAAUCCUA